AUGGGAAACGAAAAUAUAGACUUGGAAAAUCUAAACAGUGCUUCAGAAAAACUAAAUACGGACUCAGCUAACGAUGUCGAUGUUUUGGAAAAAAUAUUAUCACAUGUUGGCAGCAUGGGACGGUAUCAACGAUUGCUCCUUAUUAUUAUGAUGCCUUUUGGAUACACCUAUGCUUUCCUUUACUUUGUGCAAAUAUUUAUAACUGUAACACCGCAGAACUAUUGGUGUAAAAUUCCUGAGCUGGCUAAUUUAAGUAUGGACUUAAGGCGAAAUUUAUCAGCACCUGGAACCGCUUGGGGCAGCUAUGAGCGAUGUGUGACAUUUGAUACAAAUUGGACAGAAGUGCUGGAUACUUUGACUGUUCCGCCGGCUGACACGGCACUGAUACCAUGCCCACAUGGCUGGGAGUUCGAAUUCAGCGAUAUACCUUAUGAAACUGUUUCUACAGAGAGAGAAUGGGUGUGCGAUCGAGCUAACUAUGCCCCCACCGCUCAAUCUGCGUUCUUUUGUGGAUCUAUAGUGGGCACUAUAUUGUCUGGAUGGCUGGCUGACCGCUUUGGCCGAGUACCUGCCCUUAUAGGAACUAAUUUGGUGGGAGGUAUUGGUGGUAUAGCGACCACGUUCACUACAGGUACAUGGGACUUUAUUUUGUGCAGAUUCAUUGUCGGUUUAGCGUUCGAUAAUUGCUUUAUGCUGGUAUAUAUUUUAGUUCUUGAAUUUGUGGAGCCAAAAUGGCGCACAGUGAUAGCGAAUAUAUUUGUGGCAUCGACAUCUGCUGUUGGUUCCAUGCUGCUUCCCUGGCUAGCACUAUAUAUUGCAAAUUGGCGCCGAUUACUGCUAGUGACGGCGGUGCCCACGUUCAUAGUUUUGUACGCAAAAUGGUUAAUUCCUGAGAGUGUCAGGUGGUUAUUGAGCCAAGGCCGCAUUAAGGAAGCUACGUCAAUUCUAAGAAGGGUGGAGUCCAUUAAUAAAGCGAAGAUUCCUGAUGAUAUGAUGGAUGAAUUUUUGAUAUCUUCGAUAAAAAUGAAGUCACCGAAGGAGCAGUCAAUUCGCGAUAUAUUCAAGAGUCCACCACUCUGUAAAGCUAUGCUCAAGUUGAUAAUUGUAUACAUGGGAAUUGCAAUAGUUUUCGAUGGUCUCAUACGUCUCUCUGAUACGUUCGGCAUGAGUUUAUUCACCGUCUUCACUUUGAAUGAGGUCUCUGAGUUCGCAGCCAUUUUACUAGUUGCCUUUAUUCUUGAUAGGGUAGGUAGAAGGAAUUUAAGUUGGAUCCCAACUUCUUUGUGUGGUGUCAUUUUGUUCAUAAGUUUAUUUGUGGGCAAAGGUUUUGUUCUGGCGUCUUUAGUGAAUUUAGCAAGAUUUUUUUGUUCAACUUCUCUUUUAUCUAUCAUGCAAUGGAGCACAGAAAUACUACCAACUCCUUUCCGAGCAACAGGAGCAUCAGUUCUACACAUGUGCGCACUCGUCGCUGGCAUUUUAUCUACCUUUAUUGCGUACUCAGCGCGUGUGUGGACUCUACUUCCGUUAUUAAUAUUCAUUCUAGCGGCUUUUCUCACAUCAUGUAUUACUCUAACACUACCUGAAACGAAAGGGCAGCCGUUGCCGCAAUCUGUGGCCGACACCGAAAACCUCAUAAGGGAACAUUCUUUAUGCGGACGACCCGAAGAUUCUGAAGAUGGUCCAUAUAAAAAGUCAUAA